AUGAACGGCAUGGCACCCCUGUUCGCAGCCCUUUGCCCAGGCCACGCCAACGGUUACGCCAAGGAACUCUCUUCCGAUGAAGACGUCUCUUCCCUCGAGCUCAAAGAUGGCGACGCUGCCAAUGCCAACUACAUCAAGGCGCCUGGCUCCGCCCAGCCAAUCUUCUUUGGGUCGGUAGAGCAGCAGCUCCGGACUGUGCUCGCCAAUGUAGACGUCGACAACUGCGACGCCAAUGGAGAGAAUGCCUUCUUUGUCGCCGAUCUAUCCGAGAUCUACCGCCAGCACCUCCGCUGGUUGCGCGCCCUUCCGCGCAUCGUCCCCUUCUACGCCGUCAAGUGCAACCCGGACCCGCACGUCCUCCGCCUCCUCGCCGCCCUAGGCACGGGAUUUGACUGUGCAUCCAAUGGCGAGAUCCAGUCGGUCCUCGACCUAGGCGUCUCGCCCUCUCGCAUCAUCUAUGCCAACCCUUGCAAGGCAGCCUCUUUCGUCCGCAAUGCUGCGGCCAACAAUGUGUCGCUCACCACCUUCGACAACGUCGAUGAGCUUCACAAGAUGAAGCGCUUCCAUCCUUCUUGCAAGCUCGUGGUGCGCAUCCUCACUGACGACUCCAAGUCGGCCUGCCAGCUGGGCCUCAAGUUCGGUGCGCCACUGGACGUGGUACCGCGCCUCCUUGCAAAGGCAAGGGAGCUCGACCUCGAUGUCGUAGGCGUCUCCUUCCACGUCGGUUCAGGAUGCUACGACCCAAAUUCCUUCGCCGACGCCGUCGCCCGCGCUCGCAAAGCCUUUGAGUACGGUCGCGAAGCAGGAUACGUCUUCGAUCUCCUCGACGUCGGUGGAGGGUACGAUCACGACAACUUUGAGACCAUUGCCGAUGUUCUCAGGCCGGCCAUUGAUGAGCAUUUCCCCGACGCCCUCUUCGCCCCUGGAGGAAGCAACGUCGAAGGCAAGCCGCACGGGCUACGCAUCAUUGGCGAGCCAGGUCGCUACUACGUGCAAAAGUCCUUCACCCUCGCCUGCAACAUCAUUGCCAAGCGCAGUGAGGAAGUUGUCGAACCGGAGGAAGCUGGCGAGGAGGGGAGUCAGUUGACCCCAUCCAUGAUGCUCUACCAAAAUGAUGGCGUCUAUGGCGCCUUCAACAACAUCAUGUUCGACCACCAGCAUCCCACCCCGCGCGUCCUCACGCUCGACCGACACUUCGUGUACCGCAAGGACGGGUCGGACCCUACUCAUCUUCCCAGCUCUCCGCAGCACGCCCUCCGUCAGGCGCCAUGCAGCAUCUGGGGCCCCACUUGCGACAGCAUCGACCUCAUCACGAACAAGGCCCGCCUUCCCCAGGAGCUCCAGGUGGGAGACUGGCUAGUGUACGAGGACAUGGGCGCUUAUACCAUCUGUGCUGCGAGCACAUUCAACGGAUUGCAGCGCAGCGAGGUGAGGUACACUGUGGGCAAGGGGAGCUACGGUGAUGAGGAAGCCACGGAAGGUGGCGGCCAAGGUCUCUCGCGUUGGUGA